AUUUCCUUUUGCCAAAAACCAGAGGUAAACACGCAAAGAAGGAAGCGCCAGACAAGCUAGUAACAUCCCCAUCGUAGGAUGGUGCUUUGGUUCUAAUUGAAGGGUGCACCGCUCUUUCAAAUCAAUUAAAUGCUUUGAGUCGUCUUUUUAUGCACGACCCGAGCGUUCUGCAUUGGCAGCGAACAUGGAGGUAAUGGAAAUUGGCGAUGGACGACGGCAUCCGGCCGCCGAUGAAGUGCCACUUGCGGAAACAGAGGACACGGGAUCUGAAGCUCCAGCCAAAGGUGGAAGCUCCCUCCCAAACCAAAGUGAAGAGAGCAAGUUUGAACCUAAAGACAUAGAGACCCCGCUAGUUCCGUGUCGCAUGGAGCCCUUGAACGCCUCACCGUCCCACUCAGAAGACGAGACCGAGGAAGGAGGCCCAGCCAGCGAGAAAGAUGAAGAUGACGUAGAGGAUGUAGAGGAGAUGGAAGCCACUCCUGUGCAGGUGAAGGACCUGGACUCGGAGGAGACAAUCGGCAAAGGCAAUUGUUCCGCCUCAUUCAGCCUCGAUGAGAUGAUGGACAUUGGUACUGUGGAUCAGCAAGAACAGGAAGCUCAGAUGUGCACAGAUGAUAACAACAGCACCACAGUGUUGGAGGAGGAGGAAACGGCACAAAACGAGCUAGACGCUGACAUGACACCUAAUGUCGGAAUGAAAGUUGAUGAAGAAGUACAAAAAAAAGAGAAGGAGGAGGAGAAAAAUGAAGAUGGGAGUGUGGAGGAGGUGAAAGAGAAGGAGAUGGAGGAGGUGACAGAAAAGGAGGUGAUAGAGAAGGAGCCUGAGGUGAACGAGAAGGAGUGUGAGGAGGUGAACGAGAAGGAGCGUGAGGUGUUAAAUGAGAAGGAGCGGGAGGAGGAGAACGAGAAAUUGGGGGAGGAUGUGAAAGAGCAGCGGCAGCAGCAGGAGGAGGAAGUAAAUGAGAAUAAUGAGGGGAUAGAGGAGGAGAAGGGGGAGAAAGAAGAGGAGUCUCUACCUUUCUACACCACUCGCUCCAGAAGCAGAGCAGCCACAACGUCCGUAUCACCGUCAACGUCCGACAUGACCAAUGGGAUGAAAGUGAUCAAGCUCUCCGCCUCCAAUUCCUCUUCAUCAUCUUCACCGGCUCCCAUCAAAAUCAAGGAAGAGCCCGAGGAUGAGGAGUACGAGCUUAUGUCCGCCACGGCCACUGUAAAGGAUGAGCCCGUUGCUGCUAAGGAGGAGGACUUGCAGAUUGAAUCCGUGUACUCCGUGAUGCCGGACGGCAGCGGUCGAAGGCAACGAAGUCGACUGUCCUCGUCCUCGUCCAUGUUGAACAUGUUGUGCGCGCACUGCCAAAAGGGGCUGCUCAAGGGGCAGACGGCAUACCAGCGCAAAGGCUCCCCGGCGCUCUUCUGCUCCACCAGCUGCCUCUCCUCCUCGCUCAGCUCUUCCAAAAGCGUCAAGACCUGUCACCGCUGCCAAAAGCGCAUAUACCGCCCUCAGGAUGUCAUCCUGGCUCCGGAUGUGGACGGCUUGAUGAGGGGCUUCUGCAGCGAACCGUGCCUGAGUGCGUUCACCCUCAACAAAAACGCUGACGCCAAGGCGCUGGCUUCUUCCGACGUCAAACUACAGUCGGCAUGCAGCAUGUGCGCCAAAUACGACAUCAGCAAGCACGAGGUCGUCCUUAGCGGCAUCGUCCACAAGAUGUGUAGCGACGCAUGCUUCAAGCUCUUCCGCACUGCCAAUCAGCUGACCAUGACGGGCUGCGCCAACUGCGGCUCCAUCUGUCACGUGAGGCCGCUGCUGCUCAAGAUGGAGGGCAGCAGCAAGACACUGUGCAACCUCGACUGCCUCGUCAAGUACAAAAAGAAAGUUAAGAUGAAUCUGCCGUGCGCCAUGUGUCGCUCCCCGCGGCCGCUCGCCGACAUGUUCCACAACAAAAGCAACACCGAUGACUCCGUGAGCCUCUACUGCAGCAACAGCUGCAUCAUGGCCUUCAUGGUCCAGUGUGUCAGCUCCUCAGGCACACACCUGACCUGCGAAAACUGCGGCAUGAACUCUCUGCCGGCGUACCACGUGGCCAUGUCCGACACCACCAUCAAAAAUUUCUGCACACUGCCGUGCAUGAUGACCUUUCAGGAGAAGUUCAAACAGAAACAGAAGCAGAUGACCAUUUUCCCAAAGUUGACGGUGGCGUCCGGUCAGGAGCCGAGCGCCACGCCGCCGCCGCCGCCGCAAGCCGCUUCGGCCACGCUUGGCUGUGCCCAGUGUGCCCGCCAAAUGACCUCCAAGCCUGAUGUCAUCCACGUCAAGGACAAGGUGGUGUUUGUCUGCAGCUGGAGCUGCGCCCUGGAGUUCAAAACGAGCAAAAACAUCAGCGCCAAGUGCGAGUACUGCAAGAUGGACAAGAUCAGCCGAGAGGUGAAGCGCAUCAACGGGAAGGACUGCUCCUUCUGUAGCCACGGCUGCAAGCUGCUGUACGAGCAUGACCUGGACGCGCACUGGGGCAAGCACUGCAAAUGUUGCUCGUAUUGCCAGUGUGUCUCCAAGAAAGUGGAGAAGGCGCUCUACGGCGAGUCCAGCGAGGAGUUCUGCUCCGAGGAGUGCAGGUCCAAUUACACCAUGCUCUUCUGCCAUGUUGCCAAGUGCACCUCGUGCGGCCGCAAAGGCAAACUGAAGCACAGUCUUUUCGUGCUGGGAGAGUUGCGCAACUUCUGCGACCUGGCGUGUCUGUUCCACUUCUGCAACGGCCAGAUCAAGACGCAGGGCGACGUCUUCCCGCCAGACUCGCCCGUCAUCGCCAAUGUUGUCUCACUCGCGUGCCAGGACCAGGCAGGCCGUGCCACUCCCGACAAGCCCACCAAGCAAAUAGGAGACUAUCAAAUCAGUUUGAGGAAACGAAAAGAGGACUCGCGCACUUCAACAGGUCCCCGAACAAGAGGUUCCGACUCACAAACAGACCCUGAUCUGAUCAUUAUUAACGACAGUCCAGAGAGAAAGAGGCCGUCUCCUUCCACGCCCACGCCUAUUUCUACCAGCACUUCGAGAAGCAUGAAGAACAAGGCCCUGCUGUGCAAGCCGCUGGUGCAGAACAAGGGUGUCUCCUGUCGGACGCAGACGGUCAACGUCGAGGCGCAAACAGAUUUGUCCAUACCUGAGGUUAUGGUCCUCCCCAUUCCCGUGCCGGUGUACGUCCCCGUGCCCAUGAACAUGUACAGCCAGUGCACCCCCAAUCCCGUGGGCGUGCCCCUGCCUCUCCCCGUGCCCAUGUUGCUGCCCGUCAACAUUGACAACGCCGACCGCAUCGUGGAGACCAUCAAGAAGAUCAAGGAAAAAUUCCCGGAGGACCCGUUCGAGGCCGAGCUCAUUGUCAUGGCGGAGAUGGUGUCCGAGACCAACGGAGGCGAUGGCGGGACAGACGAAGAGGGGGAAAUGCGAGCGGCUGGCGGAGAUGCCGAUGGCCUGGUCGUCAGCUUGGACGAGCCAAAUACUCCUUCACCUCCCAUGGAUGUUGAAACCGAUUUCCCCAUCGAGACCUUGGAGAGGAUGGCCCUGCAGCGAGAGUCUUCCACGCCGCCGGCCAGCCCCACGCCCGCCGGCUCACGGAAACGUCAACCGUCACGGAAAUCCAGAGAGACGAGGGGUCGUAAAAAGUCAAACAAGGGCGCCGAGGUGUCGGGUAAAAAAGGGUCCGCCGCCAAGAGCUCCGUCCCCAAAGUCCUGAAGCUUAAGAGUGAGUACGGCGUGGAUGCUUGGAAGCGAUGGAUCCACUGGAGAGACACUCAGGCCGACACGGAGACGCCGCGUAUCGGAAUGCGCCCACUGGUGCCGAAAGAAGACCUCCUCCGCUGCACCUCGGCCGAACUGAGCUACGGCCUGUGCCGCUUCAUCGCCGAGGUCAAGCGGCCGUCCGGCGAGCCGUACGCAGCCGACAGCCUCUUCUACCUCUGCCUCGGCAUCCAGCAGCACCUGUUUGAGAACGGCCGCGUGGAGAACAUUUUCACGGACGGCUUCUACUGCAAGUUCUCCACAGAGUUCACCAACAUGCUCAGAGGCUUCCAACCGACCCUCACAAGCGGGGGUUACAUCCACUCGCGUGUGGAGGAGGAGUUCCUGUGGGACUGCAAGCAGCUGGGCGUGUACUCGCCCAUCGUGCUGCUCAACACGCUGCUUUACUUCUUCUGCAAGAACUUCGGCUUCACCACGGUCGAGCAGCACCGGCAGCUCUCCUUCGCCCACGUCAUGCGCUGCACCAAGACCGCCCAGGGCAACGUCAAGACCACCUUCCUGCGCUUCUACCCGCCCAUCGCGCCCAUCGAUGAUCUGGAUGGCGUUCCAGCCAAGAAACGCAAGGAGGAAGAGGAGGAGGAGGCGAAGGUGAAAGGGGAGAAGAUCCUUGAGAUGAAGGAGAACACGGAAAAUCCUCUGCGCUGUCCCGUGCGACUCUACGAAUUCUACCUUUCAAAGUGCUCGGAGACGGUCAAGCAGCGCACCGACGUGUUCUACCUGCUGCCCGAACGCUGCUGCGUGCCCAACAGCCCGCUGUGGUUCUCGGCCACCCCGCUGGACGAGGAGACGAAGGAAGCCAUGAUCACUCGCAUCCUCACCGUGCGGCAGCUGCACUUGGCCACCAGGGAGCGGACGCUUGCCCCCGAAGACGACGAGAGCGGCGGCAGAGGCGGCGACGACGACGACGACGAUGACGACGACUGGCCAUGACGAGUCUGUGAACUCUUACCGAGGAGACGGAAUCAAGUGUUUUGAAGGCAGCGGUUGAGUUACCACGUUUUAGAUGAGGACGAGACGUUCUGUGACACUAAAGGGAGCAAGCUUGACUCCUCCAAAAACUUGUUUUGAAUCGAAGGAAUCACCGUUGGAAUUCCACGAUCAGCAUUUUUUUUGUUUGUUUUGGAAUAUAUUAAUAAUCUUUUCUUUAUAAAGGUCCAACCAAUGUCAAUAGGCAGUGAGAUGACGCUGUCCUCUUUUUGUUACCGCCUCUUUGCCUUCAUGAUGUAGAUCAGUGUUUCCCAACCUGUAUUGAGCCAAUGUCCAAAUUUUACCUUUUGAAAAAAAAUCUUAAGGCACGCCGCUAAGCACAAAAUGUCACGGGAACGAUAUGACGUGAUACUGAAAUCAUGUCGUCUUCUUCGUGUCCGCUCUAGUUUGUGUGAAAUUUUGGCCCGUUAAGCUUUUAUUCUGAUGUUAAAUGACUGAACACUGGUUAAUUACUAAUUUCUGCUCACAAGUGAAGGCAUAUUUCAUUGUUCAUCUUUUUGCUAUACAUCACCGGCAUGGAUAGAUGGAAGAUACAUCGUGUCGAAAAAUCUGGGUUUUUUUCUCCACCAGUUGCGGUUGGGAAAAUCACUGAUAUCGAGUCCGUGUAAUUUAGAACAAACGGAACCAUCUUGCCGAGUAAAAACUACUUGAACCCAUCCAAGUUGCGAUUCAAAGCACCUUUUAAGACAAAACGUGACGGCCUUCCUCAAUUGUUAGCAGUGUACAAAUAAAAAAUGUAUCCAUUCAUAUAUCCCUUGACAGACGUUUUGUAUUGACCUUUUUGUUUAAUAAAACUGUCAAUGUUAA